AUGAAUAUUGAAAAACUUCAAUUUAAAUUCCCAAAUCUUUCUCAAGAAAACCUUUUUGGAUUAAUAAAUGAUUUUAAAAAACUUGAUAUUGAUGGGAAAGGUUAUGUGGAUAAACAUACUAUUGUUAAGGCAGUUGAAUAUUAUGGGGAACGCAAAUCUUAUGAUGAGGUCCGGGCGACUUUAAAAGAAUGUCAUUUAGAUAGUAGUGGAAGAGUUGAAGUUGAGGAUUAUAUUGAGGAAAUGACAAAAUUACGUGAAGGACGUAAUCGAGGUGCUUUUGAAGUAAAUAAGAAUCGAAUCACAGUUCAAGGAUCAUCAGCAAAUGUAACACAUACAAUUAAUGAGGAUGAACGGAAAGAAUUCACACGACAUAUUAAUUUAGUAUUGGGACAAGAUGAAGAUAUGCGUGAUCGACUUCCUUUUCCAGAAGAUACGAUGCAGAUUUUUGAUGAAUGUAGGGAUGGACUUGUUCUUUCAAAGCUUAUCAAUGAUUCUGUUAUGGAUACAAUCGAUGAACGUGUUCUUAACAAGCCAUCUCAUGGGAGGCCUAUCAAUAAUUUUCAGAUGACAGAAAACAACAAUAUUGUUAUUAAUUCUGCUAAAGCUAUUGGAUGUUCUGUCGUAAAUAUUGGCGCUCAGGAUUUAAUUGAUGGAAAAGAACAUCUGAUUCUUGGUCUUAUUUGGCAAAUCAUUCGUAAAGGACUUCUUAGUAAAAUUGAUAUCAAACUUCAUCCUGAGUUAUAUCGAUUACUUGAAGAAGAUGAAACACUUGAACAAUUUUUAAGGCUUCCUCCUGAACAGAUUCUUUUAAGAUGGUUCAAUUUUCAUCUAAAUACUGCGAAAUGGGAUAGGAGGGUAACAAACUUUUCUUCAGAUGUCUCUGAUGGUGAGAAUUACAUAAUUCUUCUUAACCAACUAAAGCCGAACGAAUGCACGAGAGAUUCUUUAAAAACAAUGGAUUUAUUAAAAAGAGCAGAAGAGAUUUUACAAUCUGCUGAGAAAAUAGGCUGUAGAAAGUACCUAACACCUGCUGCUCUUGUUUCUGGAAACCCAAAACUCAAUCUUGCUUUCGUUGCUCAUUUAUUUAAUACUUAUCCUGGUUUAGAACCAUUAGGAGAAGAAUUCCCAAAAAUUGAAGAUUAUGACGCAGAAGGAGAACGCGAAGCCAGAGUUUUUACUUUAUGGCUAAAUAGUCUUGACGUAGAUCCUGUUGUAGUUGAUUUAUUUGAAGAUUUAAAAAAUGGAUUAGUUUUAUUGCAAGCUUAUGAUAAAGUCAUAAAAAAUUCCGUGAACUGGAGACGUGUUUCUAAACCUAAAGAUGGUAUCGAACUUUCACGAUUCAAAUGUGUAGAAAAUGCAAAUUAUGCAGUUGAACUGGGGAAAGGAUGUGGAUAUUCUCUUGUAGGAAUCCAAGGUGCAGAUAUUGUUGAUGGAUCGAAAACAUUAACAUUGGCUCUCGUUUGGCAACUGAUGAGGCAAAAUAUCAUACAAACUCUUAGUUCCUUAUCAAAGGAUGGGAAAGAAAUAACUGAUUCAGAUAUGGUUUUAUGGUGUAACCAAAUGUCUCGAAAAGGUGGCAAAACUAGUACAAUUAAAAAUUUCAAAGAUCCUUGUUUGAGAAAUGGCAUAUUUUUAUUAGAUGUAUUAAAUGGCUUAAGAAGUGAUUAUGUCGAUUAUAAUCUUGUAACUUCCGGAGUUUCAUAUGAAGAUGCUUUUUUAAAUGCAAAAUUAGCUAUUUCCAUUGCUAGAAAAUAUGGCGCGCUUAUUUUCCUUGUGCCGGAAGAUAUUGUAGAUGUUCGUUCACGUUUGAUUUUGACAUUUAUUGGAAGUCUUAUGGCUCUACAAUAA